AGCCCGUGGCUCUCCCAGAUGUCGCGGUAGCCGCGCCGUGGACGCUUCCACGGUGCCGUGUUGUGUGUGACCUGGUCUUGGCUCGCCCUUUUCUUCCUCAUCCUUUAGCUCUCGCCGAGGAAAGACUUCAUUGAAGGUCAUGGCAAAGCACCUGAAGUUCAUCGCCAGGACUGUCAUGGUGCAGGAAGGAAACGUGGAGGGUGCCUACAGGACCCUGAACAGAAUCCUCACUAUGGAUGGACUCAUUGAGGACAUUAAGCGACGGAGGUACUAUGAGAAACCGUGCCGCAGGCGACAGCGGGAAAGCUAUGAAACUUGCAGGCGGAUCUACAACAUGGAAAUGACUCGAAAGAUCAACUUCUUGAUGCGAAAGAAUCGAGCAGAUCCAUGGAUGGGUUGCUGAGGCCUGGGGUGCAAGACCCGGGAUGAAAACUUUCGUGCAUUUCCACUUCUAACCCCGUUAUCUGUUCUGUUUUUUAAUCUAUAAUAAACUCAAUCACAUGCAUGCAAGAAGACUUGCAAA